UCUCCCCGGCGGCAGCGAACGAAUGAUGCAAUAUGUUUGCGACGUCCUUAUGCGAUUCAUUCCUGAGUGAAAGUGCUCUGUUUGUUUUUUUCACCCCUCCCCUCGAAAAAAACAAUGAAUUGAGGAGUUUGUGAACCACUAAAUAUACAUCUGCGUGUUGUAAUAAGAAGGCGACUUCAACAUGAAGCUCUUACAUAAAGACAUAGAGAAAGACAACGCCGGUCAGGUGACCCUGAUUCCGGAGGAGGCAGAGGACAUGUGGCACACCUACAACCUGCUCCAGGUGGGAGACAGUCUGAGGGCCUCCACCUUCAGGAAGGUGCAGACUGAGUCGUCCACGGGCAGCGUGGGCAGCAGCCGCGUGCGAACCACCCUCACGCUCUGCGUAGAGACCAUUGACUUUGACUCCCAGGCCUGCCAGCUGAGGGUGAAGGGAACCAACAUCCAGGAGAACCAGUAUGUGAAGAUGGGAGCCUAUCACACCAUCGAGCUGGAACUGAACAGGAAGUUCACUCUGGCCAAGAAGUUGUGGGACAGCGUUGUCCUGGACCGAAUAGAACAGGCCUGCGAUCCGGCACAGAAAGCCGACGUGGCCGCCGUCGUGAUGCAGGAGGGCCUCGCAAACAUAGUGCUGGUCACUCCCGCCAUGACCCUGCUGAGGGCAAAGGUUGAGGUGACCAUUCCCCGCAAGAGGAAGGGCAGCUGCGCCCAGCAUGACAAGGCUCUGGAGAGGUUCUAUGAGGCAGUGAUGCAAGGAAUACUUAGACACAUCAAUUUUGAUGUGGUCAAGUGUGUGCUGGUGGCAAGUCCAGGGUUUGUGAAAGAUCAGUUUAUCGGUUACUUGUUGCGAGAGGCAGUGCGACAGGACUGCAAGGUCCUGCUGGAGAACAGGCCGAAGUUCAUGCUGGUCCACUCCUCGUCUGGACAUAAGUACUCCCUCAAAGAAAUUCUGUCUGAUCCCACUGUCACAAGCAGACUUUCUGACACUAAGGCUGCAGGAGAGGUGAAAGCUCUGGAGGACUUCUACAAGAUGCUGCAGCAUGAGCCAGACAGAGCUUUCUAUGGACUGGCACACGUGGAGAAGGCGAACGAGGCGAUGGCUAUUGACAUCCUCUUGAUCAGUGAUGAGCUUUUCAGGCACCAGGAUGUGGCGACACGGAGUCGGUAUGUGCAGCUGGUGGACAGCGUGAAGGACAAUGGGGGGACAGUCAGGAUAUUUUCAAGUUUGCAUGUAUCUGGAGAGCAGCUCAACCAGCUCAGCGGAGUUGCCGCAAUCCUGCGCUUCCCUAUCGCCGAUAUGUCCGAGCCGGAGGACGACAGUAGCUCCGAUGAUGACUGACACGGAUCACCGUGUUCCUCAGUACCAGCCUAGUGACAUUAACACACUACGCAUGGGGGCGUGGAAUUGAGAUGGAAAGAAAGGGACAAGAAAAACACCUGGAGAAGGUUGGAGUGCAGGAAUGUGGAGGAGCACUGUCCAGCAAACCAUGGUACAGCAAGGUGUACACACUGUUUAAAUGGCAGCGGGGCUCUGUGGUUCAGCUGGGUUACACUACACUCUUUGUGUAAAAUUCCCAGAUGAAAGACCUCCAUUGAAAAUCAUAGUGAAAUGUGAGAAUAUGAAAGUGGAGAGACUCGCUGACUGUACCUGUAGCCCGAGGACACGGUUGUCCAGCUGACGUUUGGGCUUUGUGAGGGAUCAGUGCUGAGUACCUUGGAAACGCCUAACUGGUCUUUCUGGUCUGGUUGGCAGCUGCUUUUUGUGCCAAGUUUAUUCACAAUUCCUCAGUGCUGAAGUUCUAAAGAAGAUGCUUAUAUCUAAGGAGAAGAUUAAUGCUAAUAAACGUGUGGCAAGCGCAGGUGUUUCUUUCAUGUGAUAUUUGCAUAUAAACAUUUCUUCAGACUUUGUUUUUGCAGCAUCAUGCACAUAUUUUCAAAUCACCAAUGAUGUGCUAAAUUAAAGGAUAAGGCAAUUUAAAAUAGUUUAAAAUUUUAUUUUCAAAGAGACCAAAUCUUGGUGUCUGUCUGAGUUUCAUGACAAAGUUCACAUUUUGACAUGCAGAAAAUCCCUUUUCAGUCAUAAUACCCUGCAGCUUUGUUAAAAAAAAUUGCAAUUUUAUCACAUGCAAUAAGCCAGUAAGUGGUAAUGCACUGGAAUGUGUGUGUGUGUGUGUGUGUGUGAGAGAGAGAGAGAGAGAGAAUACAGUGAACAAAGCCCGAAAGACAGACCCACAGGCUGGUUGAGGUAUAUCAUAGUGACUAACAGGUGCCCUCUUUACCCCUUGUGCAAAAGUCAUGACCUUAUAGAC